UCCAGCCCUUUGCUGAGCGCUCUCAGUCUGCUCAGUAGAAGCUGGACCUUCCUUCCCCCCUUUCCUGGUGACCUUCUCCAGUUUGUGGGAGGAAGAGGGGGUGACUUGUUCUCUUCUGCCCGGUAAUUAUCUCCCUUCAGUGUGGGGGAUGCCCAAGGCCUGGCUUCAGGCUGCGGGAGAGCAGAGGAGGAGUUGGGAGAACAGCCUCCAACAGCUGCCUGCCGGGAGGGACCAGGCUAGUUCACACUUGGAAGUUGGGAUGCCAGGAGCAGCCUUCUGUCUUCCGCGCCUUCCUCGGUCUCCUGGUCAGCUCAUUCCACACUGAGAUGAUUCUAAAGAAAGAUCCUCACACAGACUCUGCUAGAAGAAACAAAGUGAAGUGUCCCCAGACUUUAUCAGGAUGAGGCCCCUGAUUCUGUUAGCUGCCCUCCUCUGGCUCCGGGGCUUUUUGGCCGAGGACGGCGCAUGCUCAUCCUUGGAAGGGAGCCCAGACAGACAGGGUGGAGGUCCACUUCUGAGCGUGAACAUCAGUAGCCAUGGAAAGUCUACCAGCCUGUUUCUGAGCUGGGUAGCUGCAGAGCCGGGCGGAUUUGACUAUGCCCUCAGCCUCAGGAGUGUGAACUCCUCAGGUUCUCCACAAGGGCAACAGCUCCAGGUUCACACAAAUGAGUCCGGCUUUGAGUUCCAUGGCCUGGUGCCAGGGAGUCGCUACCAGCUAGAACUGACCGUCCUAAGACCCUGUUGGCAGAAUGCCACAAUUACCCUCACUGCCCGAACUGCCCCGACAGUGGUCCGUGGACUGCAGCUGCAUAGCGCUGGGAGCCCAGCCAGGCUGGAAGCCUCGUGGAGCGAUGCCCCUGGAGAUCAAGACAGCUACCAACUUCUCCUCUACCACCUGGAAUCCCAAACUCUGGCAUGCAAUGUCUCUGUGUCCCCUGACACCCUGUCUUACAGUUUUGGCGACCUUUUGCCAGGUACUCAGUAUGUCUUGGAGGUUAUCACCUGGGCUGGCAGUCUCCAUGCGAAGACUAGUAUCCUCCAGUGGACAGAGCCUGUCCCUCCUGAUCACCUAGCACUACGUGCCUUGGGUACCAGUAGCCUGCAAGCCUUCUGGAACAGCUCUGAAGGGGCCACCUCGUUUCACCUGAUGCUCACAGACCUCCUCGGGGGCACCAACACGACUGCGGUGGUCAGACAAGGGGUCUCAACCCACACCUUUCUUCACCUAUCUCCGGGUACACCUCAUGAGCUGAAGAUUUGUGCUUCUGCUGGGCCCCACCAGAUUUGGGGACCCAAUGCCACCGAGUGGACCUAUCCCUCUUACCCAUCUGACCUGGUGCUGACUCCCUUACGGAAUGAGCUCUGGGCCAGCUGGAAGGCAGGGCUGGGAGCCCGGGACGGCUAUGCACUGAAGUUAAGUGGGCCAAUGGAGAGUACGUCUACCCUGGGCCCGGAAGAGUGCAAUGCUGUCUUCCCAGGGCCCCUGCCUCCGGGACACUACACUUUGCAGCUGAAGGUUCUAGCUGGACCUUAUGAUGCCUGGGUGGAGGGCAGUACCUGGCUGGCUGACUCUGCUGCCCUUCCCAGGGAGGUCCCUGGUGCCAGACUGUGGCUAGAUGGACUGGAAGCUUCCAAGCAGCCUGGGAGACGGGCGCUACUCUAUUCUGACGAUGCCCCAGGCCCCCUAGGGAACAUCUCUGUGCCCUCUGGUGCCACUCACGUCAUUUUCUGUGGCCUGGUACCUGGAGCCCACUAUAGGGUGGACAUUGCUUCAUCCACGGGGGCCAUCUCUCAGAGCAUCUCAGGCUAUACAAGUCCCCUGCCACCGCAGUCACUGGAGGUCAUCAGCAGGAGCAGCCCAUCUGACCUGACUAUUGCUUGGGGUCCAGCACCAGGGCAGCUGGAAGGUUAUAAGGUUACCUGGCAUGAGGACGGCAGCCAGAGGUCUCCUGGCGACCCUGUUGACUUGGGCCCUGACACUUUGAGCCUGACUCUGAAAUCUCUGGUACCCGGCUCCUGCUACACCGUGUCAGCAUGGGCCUGGGCCGGGAACCUCAGCUCUGACUCUCAGAAGAUUCACAGCUGCACCCGCCCCGCUCCUCCCACCAACCUGAGUCUGGGCUUUGCCCACCAGCCUGCGGCACUGAAGGCUUCCUGGCAUCACCCACCGGGUGGCUGGGAUGCCUUUCACUUACGGCUUUACAGGCUGAGGCCUCUGACACUGGAAAGUGAGAAGGUCCUACCUCGGGAGGCCCAGAACUUCUCCUGGGCCCAGCUGACUGCAGGCUGUGAGUUCCAGGUACAGCUGUCUACCUUGUGGGGGCCCGAGAGAAGCAGCAGUGCCAACGCCACAGGCUGGACACCCCCUUCAGCUCCUACACUGGUAAACGUGACCAGCGAUGCUCCCACCCAGCUCCAAGUAUCCUGGGCCCACGUUCCUGGGGGCCGGAGCCGCUACCAAGUGACCCUAUACCAGGAGAGUACCCGGACAGCCACCAGCAUCAUGGGGCCCAAGGAAGAUGGCACGAGCUUUUUGGGUUUGACUCCUGGCACUAAGUACAAGGUGGAAGUCAUCUCCUGGGCUGGGCCCCUCUACACUGCAGCAGCCAACGUUUCUGCCUGGACCUACCCACUCAUACCCAACGAGCUGCUCGUGUCAAUACAGGCAGGCAGUGCUGUGGUUAACCUGGCCUGGCCCAGUGGUCCCCUGGGGCAAGGGGCAUGCCACGCCCAACUCUCAGAUGCUGGACACCUCUCAUGGGAGCAACCCCUGAAACUAGGCCAAGAGCUCUUCAUGCUCAGGGAUCUCACACCAGGACAUACCAUCUCGAUGUCAGUGAAGUGUCGGGCAGGGCCGCUCCAGGCCUCCACGCACCUUGUGAUGCUGUCUGUGGAGCCUGGCCCUGUGGAAGAUGUGCUCUGUCAUCCAGAGGCCACCUACCUGGCCCUGAACUGGACGAUGCCUGCUGGAGACGUGGAUGUCUGUCUAGUAGUGGUAGAGCGGCUGGUGCCGGGAGGGGGUACUCAUUUUGUCUUCCAGGUCAACACCUCAGGGGAUGCUCUCCUGUUGCCCAACUUGAUGCCCACCACUUCUUACCGCCUUAGCCUCACCGUUCUGGGCAGGAAUAGCCGGUGGAGCCGGGCGGUUUCCCUGGUGUGCAGUACUUCUGCUGAGGCUUGGCACCCCCCAGAGCUAGCUGAGCCCCCCCAGGUGGAGCUGGGGACAAGGAUGGGUGUGACAGUCACGAGUGGCAUGUUUGGUAAAGAUGAUGGGCAGAUCCAGUGGUAUGGCAUAAUUGCCACCAUCAACAUGACACUGGCCCAGCCUUCCCGGGAAGCCAUCAAUCACACGUGGUAUGACCACUACUAUAGAGGAUGUGAGUCCUUCCUGGCUCUCCUGUUCCCAAACCCCUUCUACCCAGAGCCUUGGGCUGGGCCAAGAUCCUGGACAGUACCUGUGGGUACUGAGGACUGUGACAACAUCCAAGAGAUAUGCAAUGGGCGUCUCAAGUCAGGCUUCCAGUAUAGGUUCAGCGUUGUGGCCUUCAGUAGGCUCAACACUCCGGAGACGAUCCUCGCCUUCUCGGCCUUCUCAGAGCCCCAGGCCAGCAUCUCUCUGUCGAUCAUUCCCCUGACAGUUAUGCUGGGGGCUGUGGUAGGCAGCAUUGUCAUUGUGUGUGCAGUGCUAUGCUUGCUCCGCUGGCGGUGCCUGAAGGGACCAAGGUCAGAGAAGGAUGGCUUUUCCAAGGAGCUGAUGCCUUACAACCUGUGGCGGACCCAUCGGCCUAUCCCCAUCCAUAGCUUCCGGCAGAGCUAUGAGGCCAAGAGUGCACAUGCACACCAGACCUUCUUCCAGGAAUUUGAGGAGCUGAAGGAGGUAGGCAAGGACCAACCCCGACUAGAGGCUGAGCAUCCGGACAACAUCAUCAAGAACCGGUACCCACACGUGCUGCCCUAUGACCACUCCAGGGUCAGGCUGACCCAGCUACCAGGAGAGCCUCAUUCUGACUACAUCAAUGCCAACUUCAUCCCAGGCUAUAGCCACACACAGGAGAUCAUUGCCACCCAGGGGCCUCUCAAAAAGACGCUAGAGGACUUCUGGCGGCUGGUAUGGGAGCAGCAAGUCCACGUGAUCAUCAUGCUGACUGUGGGCAUGGAGAACGGGCGGGUACUGUGUGAGCACUACUGGCCAGCCAACUCCACGCCUGUUACUCACGGUCACAUCACCAUCCACCUCCUGGCAGAGGAGCCUGAGGAUGAGUGGACCAGGAGGGAAUUCCAGCUGCAGCACGGUACCGAGCAAAAACAGAGGCGAGUGAAGCAGCUGCAGUUCACUACCUGGCCAGAUCACAGUGUCCCCGAGGCUCCUGGCUCUCUGCUCGCUUUUGUAGAACUGGUACAGGAGCAGGUGCAGGCCACUCAGGGCAAAGGACCCAUCCUGGUGCAUUGCAGUGCUGGCGUGGGGAGGACAGGCACCUUUGUGGCUCUCUUGCGGCUACUGCGACAACUAGAGGAAGAGAAGGUGGCUGAUGUGUUCAACGCUGUGUACAUACUCCGGUUGCACCGGCCCCUCAUGAUCCAGACCCUGAGUCAAUACAUCUUCCUGCACAGUUGCCUGCUGAACAAGAUUCUGGAAGGGCCCUCUGACAGCUCAGACUUCGGCCCCAUCUCUGUGAUGAAUUUUGCACAGGCUUGUGCCAAGAGGGCAGCCAACGCCAAUGCUGGUUUCUUGAAGGAGUACAAGCUCCUGAAGCAGGCCAUCAAGGAUGGGACUGGCUCUCUGCUGCCCCCUCCUGACUAUAAUCAGAACAGCAUUGUCUCCCGUCGUCAUUCUCAGAAGCAGUUCGCCCUGGUGGAGGAGUGCCCUGAGGAUAGCAUGCUGGAAGCCUCGCUCUUCCCUGGUGGGCCAUCUGGUUGUGAUCAUGUGGUGCUGACUGGCUCGGCCGGACCAAAGGAACUCUGGGAAAUGGUGUGGGAGCAUGAUGCCCAUGUGCUCGUCUCCCUGGGCCUGCCUGAUACCAAGGAGAAGCCACCAGACAUCUGGCCAAUGGAGAUGCAGCCUAUUGUCACAGACAUGGUGACAGUGCACAGAGUGUCUGAGAGCAGCACAACAACUGGCUGGCCCAGCACCCUCUUCAGAGUCAUACACGGGGAAAGUGGAAAGGAAAGGCAGGUUCAAUGCCUGCAGUUUCCAUGCUCCGAGUCUGGGUGUGAGCUCCCAGCUAACACCCUACUGACCUUCCUUGAUGCUGUGGCCCAGUGCUGCUUCCGGGGCAAGAGCAAGAAGCCAGGGACCCUGCUCAGCCACUCCAGCAAAAACACAAACCAGCUGGGCACCUUCUUGGCUAUGGAACAGCUGUUACAGCAAGCAGGGACCGAGCGCACAGUGGACGUCUUCAAUGUGGCCCUGAAGCAGUCACAGGCCUGCGGCCUUAUGACCCCAACGCUGGAGCAGUAUAUCUACCUCUACAACUGUCUGAACAGCGCACUGCUGAAUGGGCUGCCCAGAGCUGGGAAGUAGCCUGCGCCCUGCUAGGCGUCAUGUUCCAGCAAAUCCACCCAGGCCUGACUUCCCUAGGAGAGCGGAUCCACCGGGCCUCACACUGUCCAAGGGCAGAGUCCAGGAAUAAAGAGACAUGGUCAAAUUCA